AUGGCUUGGGUGCAGAUACCCUUGUUCUGCCGUUUGCAGACUUGGCCCCAUGCAGAGGUUCCUAUGACUGCCUUCCAGGUGGGGCUCGCUACUGUCACGGUGGUCUUGAUGGGGUACUGCGCUGUGGCAGACCCCGGUCAACUGAAGAAGACCCGAAACAUCCCGCUCGACGGGAUUGACCUAGAGCAGGGUGACCGCCCCUUCCGAGCACAUGAGUCUUGGCAGUAUGAUCGAAAGAUCCGACGUUACGACCACUAUUGUAAGUGGGUGAAUAACACCAUUGGUCUCCUGAACCACAGGGAGUUCGUGCUGAUGCUUGUGUGCCGGGAGCCAAGCUACAGUAGUGUUGUUUUCGUAGAUGGGAUCGUCGUUGCUGAUAGCAAGCCCUUCUCAGGCCAUUGUGUCUUUGGCAUGCCACUUCCUCAGUAA